AUCAACUAUUUCUACCAGAUGGUGAGUCUGAGAGCUAGCUAAAGCUGCACCCAUGGAUACUAACCCAUCCUGAGCUCAAUCCUAUUUCUCCCGGUUUUUUAAAAGGAAAGCGUUGAAGUUCUCUUUUCCCUUGCAAUCGGAAUUCAAUCUAACAAAUUAUAAUUCAACUUCCAAAAUCUUUAUUUUGGCGCGAACUUGUAUUUUUGCAAUUCUGUCUGUGUAUCCUAGAAGUAGAAUCCCCGAAAUAAUGUGUAUCGGCGGGAUAGGCCGGGACGGGCCAGGAGCUCCCCACAGCCCACAGUAUAACUCAGCUCGUGAGUCUGCUAUAACUACCACUUCAGCCUUCCUACUGGCUCUUAGGUUAAAUGUAUUGUUGAGAUGGCCUAGAAAAGGUGCUAGAUCAACCAAACAACGAAAAGAGGAGAAGGUGCUGUAUCAACCAAACAACAAAAAGGGGAGAAGUUGCUAGAUCAACCAAACAACGAAUAGAGGAGAAGGUGCUAGAUCAACCAAACAACAUCUUUAUGAAUAAUGUUUUAGGAGAAUUGAGUGGAGAGUGCGUAGAGUCUAGAAUGCACGCUACCGGCCCACUGGCUAUGGUCUCACCGAUCCAUGGGUUCGAGCACAGCAGGCUGUCAAGACAGGAGGAGGAUAACCUAGCUGCUGCGGCCAUCUCUAGUCAUGUUUCUCAAGGUUCAGCUCCUCCUCCUCCAGCUCCGCCUCCUCCUAGACCAGAUUCUUCUCUUCCUCUUUCUCUUCCUGAAGCACAUCCUCCCUUUACAGACCCUACAGAGCAGGCGCUCUUUGAGGCAGAUAAAAGACAAAUUUACAAACAUCCCUUGUUUCCUCUUUUGGCACUUCUCUUUGAGAAAUGUGAACUAGCAACACAAUCGGCAGAUUUCCCAUCCAGUGAUACUUUCAACGUAGAUAUACAGGCGUUUGUACAACAUCAACAGCAGGAAAAGAGAUCUUUACUUUCAGACAGUGAGGAAGUUAACGAGCUUAUGAUCCGUGGUAUCCAGGUUCUCCGAAUCCAUCUGCUAGAACUAGAGAAGGUUCAAGAACUGUGUAAAGAUUUCUGUAACAGAUAUAUAACUUGUCUCAAGGGGAAGAUGCAGAGUGAAAACCUGCUACGAAGUGACUAUGGAGGAUAUGACAGUGAUGACAGUGGGAAUAGUCGGGCGUCCUCCAGUCAACCCUAUCUACCACAAAAUGGACUGUGAUUUAGUAAACAUACUUGAGGAUAUAAUGAAAGAAUCUUCAAGAUGGGAGAAUUCAAAAUCUUUAAUUCGAAUGAUCAAUGCAACAAAUCCUGGAGAGAAGGUGAAACUACAAACCUGUGAAUUCAACUAGAAAUUGUGAAAUUACAUCAUACAUGAUGCAUCAUGCAUCAUGCGGCAGUUAUGAAAUAAUACAUAAUUUCUCCCAAAGAAACAAAACGCUAAAUAAAGUGACCCUGUGCAGCUAGGAUGCAAUUUUAACGUCCACACAAAGCCGGACUCAAAAUGCUCAAGAAUGGCUUCAAGUAUACGUAAUGGCAUUAAUUAAUGGCCGCAGUCUAACUGCAUCAUUUUUAUUCUAAAUAUUGUUUAACAAUAUAAAUUUGUAAUUUCUCAUUUCAAACGAGCUCGUCGUAUAAUCUGUAUCCAGAAAUAAGUCCAGCAAUAUUUUAUGCAAAUAUUCAAAUAUUUUAAAUUCUAGGCUUACUACUUCCAAGCUAAAGAACCUCUUCAGUUAAAUUCGAAAAUAUUCAUUCCUAGAAUGAAAACUGAAUAUGACCAACAUAUGCAAACAGAAAAACAUGAAAUAUACAAUAAAAACAGGUUCUUUCUAAAGUAAGCCAGACUUUUUAACGAUAGCAAAUGUACCAAUCGUAUCCGAUCAUAAGUUAUUUAUGAUAAAAUUCACUUGCCUAUUUUUCUAGUAUAAAAGUACCAUUUUAAUAUCUUUCAAAGAUUAAAUCAUAAAAACCAAA